GGAGAGGGUUGGGGUUGAACACAUAAGUUGACGAGUGAACUAGUGACUAGGACUGCAGAGAGUACAAGAAGAGGAGACCAAAGUCUGCUCUGCAACACAAGACAGACAAACAGAAGCAUCUUUUCCAACUUCAGCAUUCAUCUCAACAGGCUGCAACAGAACUCUCCUAAAAUAAACAAACCAGCAGGAUUUGAAACACUGCUCAGAGCUCAGGUGGAACUCAGCUGAACCUCCUGUGCAGCGCAAACCAGCCGGCUCCUUCCGUAAGUUUCAGGACGAGGGGGAAAAAAUGCUCUGGAGGUUGAGUCUUGCCAUGGCUGUGGUGUGUAUCGGUGGCAUGUGCGGCUGUGUGAAGGCUGAUAUGAUGAGCAGGCUGAUCAUGCCGAGGGACUACGGGGUGAAACUGUGCGGGAGAGAGUUCAUCAGAGCAGUCAUUUUCACCUGUGGCGGCUCCCGAUGGAAACGAUCCACAGAAGGGGACUUAGAUCCUUUCCAGUGGAGUUCCCUCAGUGACGUUACAGUGGAGCACAACCAGCAUGCCUGGCAACCUGGCGCAGAGCUCACAGCAGACACCCUCCCUCCUCUCCAUAUUCCCCCCUCUUACUCCCUGGCAGACCUCCUUGCUCUUUACGGGGCCGCAGAAGACAUGCAGCAACAGCUGAGUGACUCGCUGGAGAAGUCUCAGCCAUCCACGGUUUUGGAAGAGCGAGACGGGGACCCAGCGGCAGCCAACUGGCCCAUUUCGAGCAAGAAGAAGAGGAACUUUUCUCUGGGUGUGGCAGGGAAGUGUUGUAGCCAGGGGUGUACUAAAAAUGAUAUCGGACGCUUGUGCUGAGGCAGGGAGGAGAGGAGGGGUGAUGGCAGAGGGGUUGUGACAUGAAGAUGGUGUGAUGAGCUGUAAUGGACAGUGUCCAGUUGUGGAAAGAUGUGUAGGAGGUAAAAUAUGGAGUCUCUUGUGUCUUAUUGCACAGAAUAUACAAAACAGUAAAGACCAACUGAAUUACAAAGACUCAUCACAUCACGCCAACUUCAUGUCUCUCCGUCUCCUUUAUUCUCCUUGCUUGUUUGAUAUUUUGUUUUAAAAAGAAAACCAUGCUCUGUAUGUACCGUUAUGUCACCCUGUCAGCAUCAUUGAGAAUAAAUUUUAAAUACUGUUAAUAUGAAAUGGUGAGCAGUAUCAUAUUGGCUACGACACUUGUUGAUGUGCAUGGAAGGAAAUUUGCAGCAGUAAACAGCAUCUAUAUUCUCUGACUAACCUAUGAUCAUGGCCAAUAGCACACAUUAACGUCAUUUAGGCUGCUGUGAGUUUAUUGCUAGCCUCUGUUCACAACAUUACACCUGCCUGAACGCUUUCUGUCAACACCCCGAGGACACUGCUCCAAAAGAGUGGAUAGAUUUUUUUUUUUACUUUUAACCCUUCGUGAUGCAGCUAAAACAUACCUGCACAAAAACCCAACGAUGGCUUGCUCUAAAUGUAGAAAUGGUUUUCAAAUGUACAAAACUUGACUAGACUUGAAAAAACUUAAGACUCCUUAGCUGUUUGACUGAACUUUAAUGUGAAGCCACACUGAGAUUGACAAGUACAAUUUUCAUGUCUAAUACUACAGUAUGUGUUGU